AUGUCCGAGAGCGACGAAUACGAUGAUUACUCUUCGGACAUCGACUACGAAACUGAGGAUGAGAACAGCGAUUUUAAAAAGCGCAAGACCGUGCCAUUAGCGUUCACAAAGUCGUACGCCCCUGACUGGACCGAGAAAGAUGCUUUCAGAGAGUUCUAUCAAAAUUGGCGAGACGGCAUUAUUGAGUCUUUCAACCUACGACCCGAUUUGGUCCGGCCGGUCUUCGCACGGAAUGACCAUCAUGAGAUUCACAUCACCGCAUCGUUGGUUGCCGAGUCCACCGCAGGCACAUCUACCCCAAGAUUGUUUGGAUAUAUCAUCUUCAAGAGCCAACCAGGAAGCCUGGAGAUAACCAAUUUCGAGGCUAAACUGGAACGCAGACAUCUUCACUUGGGAGAAACGAACAAACGCGAUGACCCACGCUCUGCAGGAGGUCACGGUGAGGGCUUCAAAGUGGGAGCACUGGUAUUGCGUCGAAGCGGCUAUUCUGUAAAAUUCGAGACCAAUUCUCUAUAUUGGAACUUCGGUUUCGCAAGAGACCGCGCUCUUCUCUGUUGCGCCCUAACCAAACCACAACAGUCAGUGCUGAUCAAACAGGCAGAGAAGUGCCGGAAACAGAAAGGCACGCCAAAUCAAACACGAGGGCUUGUUGCACGCAUCCGAGAGGACAUGACUGUCAAAAUCGGUAAAUCGACAGACGACAAGCAUGGCGUUAGACCCAAGAAAAGAGGGAUCUCGGAGGAGACUUUCCGUGCCUGGCUCACGGUUUCGCUUGAUCUAGAUCCGCCCAAUGCAGCGCAGGUAAUACACACACCUGCUGGUGAUCUGAUAGGUGAUCCCCGGUAUCGUGGUCGGGUCUACCUCAAAGGUCUUCUUGUUAGCGAAUACGGUGACCACAAGUCUGGUGGGAAGAACUACCGGUUUGGUUACAAUUUCAACAGCGGAAAAGUCAACCGCGACCGGCAGAGCGUUGUGGAUCUGAAUGAAGAGGCGAGAAUGUUAGCCAACAUCUGGGAAUCAGCCAUCGCCAUGAAAGGGGUGGCCAUCAUUGAUUCUUAUGUCAAUUUGUUCAACCAAGAUGGGGAGGUUCCGGACAUAGCGAUGGCAUUGGACCAUGUUUCGCGUCUUACAGCAGUGAACAUCUGCAAAUAUCUCAAGAUGUUCCAUCCAGAAGCGUUCUUCUACUCGGACCGACAGGAAAGCGAGCAGAAUCCAACUACAGACGAAGACAUUAUCUCACAAGAACUCAAGAAGAAGCCUUUCAAGCUGGCGAAGAAGCUUUGGCAGAUCAUUCGCAAAUAUGAAGACCAACAGGGCCGACAAUUGAUGCUUACACCUCUUCAAGAAAGAAAGCGCUUGUUCUAA